GUACCUAUAUCGAUAAGAAAUGCCCGUUCUCUGGCAAUGUCUCUGUCAGGGGUCGCAUCUUAGCAGGCACAUGCCAUAGUGCCAAGAUGAGCAGAACCAUCAUUGUACGUCAAAACUACCUUCAUUACGUGAAGAAAUACCAGAGGUAUGAGAAGAGGCACUCAAAUAUUGCAGCACAUAUAUCCCCCUGCUUCCGUGCAAAAGAAGGUGACCAUGUUAUCAUCGGCCAGUGCAGGCCAUUGGCAAAGACUGUUCGGUUCAAUGUUCUGAAGGUUAUCCCGGCUGGAUCAAAAAGUGGAAGCGGGAAGAAGGCCUUUGCAGCAGUUUGAGUCUUGUCUAGAUGCCUUAAAAAUUUUUGCCUUUUGUAGAAGGCCAAUGUUGUUUUUCAGGCAACAAUAAUAGGUUCCUUGAUUUUUUUUUUUUUUGGUUUUAUUCUUGUCAACUCUUAAAGAACCAUUAUAAGAU